AUGACAGAACUUGCUGUUGGUACUGAUGAAAACCCAUUAAUUAAAGAUUCAUUGGUCAGGGAAGUUUAUAAUAAGUCCAGAAAAUUUUCUGUUGGAGAAAAAAUUACAGACGAUGAAAUUGCUAAUUUUUGUUUAAUAAAUGGCGAGCAGUUUUUCAUUGGCCAUGAUUUUCAAGCAAAUUGUGAGACGAUGUUUUUUGGUUUUGAGAAGGCAAUUCAAUUUGCAAAAGAAGCCACAGAUUUAUUUUGCGAUGGAACUUUUAAAAUUACACCAAAACAUUUUCAAAAAGGACAGAUGCUAACAAUUAUGAUUUGUGAACCUUCAACAAAUCAAUAUCUACCACUUUUAUUUAUAUUCAUGAAAAACCGCACAUUUGAAUCUUAUAAGAAGGCAUUUGAAUAUAUUUUUACUGUCAAGGGUAUUCAAUUUUCAAAGCUAAUUCAAAUUCA